GUUGAUGUGUCACCUCAGUAGCGACUGGUUUCGACCCAGCUGGACAAGCCUCAGUCAAGCGAAGCUAGCCAGCUACAUAUUUCCAGAUUUAUAUUCAAAUCUACAUAAACGAUAUAGAAUGGAUUUAUCAUAUAAGGUGUGUAGCUGAAGGAGACCCAUGGACCAGUCUGAUCACGCCUCAGCCGGCAGCCUGCCUCAAGGGUCAGAGGUCACGUUUGCGGGAAAGAUGGAGGGAGACCACCACGUUGAAGGUGGAGGGGAAGCAGAACGGCCUGGUCUGGAAGAUGGCACAACACCAACAUGUAACGAUGCAGAGCCAAUUGAACCAAGGACACGGAUGCAGACAGACGCACGGACAGAGCCAAGUGUCCCAGCUAGGUGUGGAGGUGACCAGGAGCUAGACACCAGCUGUGGCAGUGAGACAGCCUCCAUUGAAGACGGUAGGACUUUAGCUGCUCUUCUGGAUGGAACGGGUGGUGUUCUGGAAUCUUCCCCCACUGUCCUGGAUGAGGUGGUGGAGAGCUCCACCUCUGUUCUGGAGGGGACAAUAGAAGCCUCCCCUUCUGUGCUAGGUGGUGUGAGAGAUUCUCUCUUGGCUCCUAUGCAUGACGUACGAGAUUCCUCGCCCUCCGUCCUAGAUGGUUCAAACGAAAACCCCCCCGCUGUUAUUGAAGAAGCCGGGGAAAGUCCACCUUCCACCUUGGAAUGCUCCACCGAACCUCCUUUCACGACUGCCAACUCCACACCUGACUCUGGGGUCCCAAACGGUCUAACCACUCCCUCGACGCCCUCCAGCCCUGACACCGUGAGCUCUGUGGCCUCCAGCCCUCCUACCAAGAACAGCAAGCCUCCCCCACCUAGCUCCUCCAGCCCAUACGACACGGACUGCAGCCGCAAGCUCAUGUCCCAGAUCCAGCGCUCGCUGUCUCAGGAGUCCCUCCUGGAUGAGUUGGAGUCCGAGCUGCUUGCAUACCAGCUCCCGGAGGGAGGAGGAGGGGGGGCCGGAGGGCACCAAGGAAACCCCCUCGUCAACGGGCUGCAGACAGACCCAGAGGGUCACAUGGCCUUUGAGAAAUGUGUCCAGCACAAGUACGCCCAGCAGGAGAAGGCUAUCAAGAGGCUGCUGGAUGACAAUAAGAAACACCAGGAGCUGAUUCUGGGCAUCUGCUCUGAGAAGGAUACCAUGAGGGAGGAGCUGCGGAGGAGGGCGGAGACGGAGAAACAGCACAUGGCCACCAUCAAGAAGUUUGAGGCCAGGGUGGAGGAGCUGUUCAAGGAGCUGAAGGAAUCCAGGGACAAACUGGUUCACCAGGACCAGGCAGCCAAGGGAGCCCUGCAGCAGAUGCAGAGAGAGAUGGCCUUCCGCCUCGAACAGGCGGGCAAGAAGUGCGAGGAGGCGCGCCAGGAAAAGGAGUCCAUGGUCAUGAGGUACGUGCGGGGGGAGAAGGAGGCGCUGGACCUGCGCAGGGACAAGGAGUCCCUGGAGAAGAGGCUGCGGGAGGCCAGCAAGGAGGUGGACCGCCAGGCCCUGAGAGGCAACCAGCUGGCUCAGGAGAAGGGCCGCCUGCAGCAGCUCCACGACGCCAAGGAGGGAGAGGUGAGCAGGCUGGCCCGGGAGCUGGAGAAGGUGAAGGAGGAGAUGAACUCUCACCUUAUCAAAGUCAAGUGGGCCCAGAACAAGCUGAAGAGCGAGGGUGACGUCCACAAGGAGACGAAAGACAAGCUGAGGGACACCACCGCCAAACUCACCCAGGCCAAGGAGGAGACGGAGCAGAUCCGCAAGAACUGCCAGGAUAUGAUCCGCACCUAUCAGGAGUCUGAGGAGAUCAAGUCAAACGAGCUGGAUGCCAAACUGCGGGAGACCAGAGGACAGCUGGAGAAACACAAGCAGGAGCAGACAGACCAGCUGGAGAUGCAUCGAGUGAAAUCUAAGGAGCUGGAAGACUUGAAGAGGACUUUCAAGGAAGGGAUGGAUGAGCUGACAACUCUACGAACCAAGCUGAAGUGUCUGGAGGAAGAGAGACCACGCUGGGAGGAUGAGCUCUCCAAGUACAGAGAGAUCAUCAACAGGCAGAAGGCUGAGAUCCAGAGGCAGAGAGACAAGCUGGGAGAGAUCACCUCCCUGGAGGAGCAGCACCAGCGUGAUGGACAGGAGAUGGCAGCUCUCCGCGAGGAGGUGGACAGCCUCGGCGGUCAGAUCACCGACCUCCAGCGGGACGUGCAGGGCAGCCGGACGCGCGAGGCCGAGCUGCUGGGCUUCACAGAGAAGCUGACCAGCAAGAACGCCCAGCUGCAGUCCGAGAGCAACGGGCUGCAGUCCCAGGCGGACCGCCUCAGCGCCGCCUCCAGGGAGCUGCAGGAGCGGCUGGACGACACGCUCCGGGCCCUGGCCGAGCAGACGGAGCGUCUGCGGAGGGAGGAGUCUCUGCGGCAGGCGGAAGGUCGGGCGCUGCAGGAGGAGAGGGACCGGCUGCAGGAGGAGACGGCCCGGCUGCAGACCCGCGUGGACGAGCUGAGAGACGAGCUGCAGACCCAGAAGAGGAAGCAGGCGGCCAACCUCAAGGACCUGACCAAGCAGCUGACGCAAGCUCGCAAGAGGCUGGAGCAGCAGGAGAACGGAGGCUGCGACCGGGAGGUCAGCAGCAUGGGCAGCCGCUCCAGCUCCUCAGGUUCCUUGAACACGCGUCACGGAGGCGGCGGAGGGGGCGGCACCCUGGAGGAGCGCUCACCAGAGAGCCAAUCGGGUUCCUCGGUGGUGGUGGUGGACAGCUUCCCCGAGGUGGACAAGGCCAUGCUGGUGGAGCGCAUCGUGCGCCUGCAGAAGGCCCAGGCCAGGAAGCAGGAGAAGAUCGAGUUCAUGGAGGACCACAUCAAACAGCUGGUGGAGGAGAUCCGCAGGAAGACCAAGAUCAUCCAGAGCUACGUGUUAAGAGAAGAGACCGGGGCUCUGUCCACGGAGGCCUCAGACUUUAACAAAGCCAACCUGAGCCGCAGGGGCGGCAUCAUGGCCUCCCUGUACACCUCCCACCCAGCCGACAGCGGCUUGACCCUUGACCUCUCGCUGGAGAUCAACAGGAAGCUGCAGGCCGUCCUGGAGGACACGCUGCUGAAAAACAUCACGCUCAAGGAGAAUCUUCAGACGUUGGGGGCGGAGAUUGAAAGACUAAUUAAGCAGCAGAGAGAUCCAGUUGAUGGGGCGAGACAGAAGUGACCGUGGGAGAUGACAAGAAGGAGUCAGGGCCAAGCGGAGGAGUGGGGAGUCCCCAUCCCUAAACGAAGGCCUCACAGUCACACACACACACACACACAACAUGUAAUGUACACCCUCAAACCCUAUAAGAAGGACAGAAUUGAAUGUUGAAGUGCCAGUAGCGCCUGUAUUUCAUUUGAAGAUGAUCUUAGCUUCUGUCUGGAGCGUGGGGGGGAGGACGGGGCCAGUAAAGAUGCCUACCCCUCCUUCGGUCACGACCGGAUUGACUUUCUGAUCUUCCAGACAAUGCAUCAUUGUGCUGUUGGUCUCGACCAACACUAUGCUCCAGCUCCGAUACCAACACCAUGCGUUGACUUCAACACCGGAGCAGCUGUUUUAAUCAUCCAUUAAAUAGAAAGACCGAUCCCGAUGUGUAACCUUUGGAAUCCACCUUGACAAAGCUAUAAUCUGUGGUUUUUAAUCUAUAAAGGAAUGACCAAUCCAUGCCCCUGUAGAAUAAAGUGUGCAGAACUCUCCCAGCAGCACACGAGGCUUGUCGGUCAGUACCUCCCCAAGCUGCUCGUCAUCUCGAUGCAUUUCCUGCAGGGUCUGACGACACACAUUUUGGAAUAAAUUAAGGGGAUUAUAUUGAUAUUGCUAAAGCCAGUGGUUAAUGCAGUUCACAGCAUGCUGCCUUUCCUGUCCUUCAGAAGUCAUAUGUGCCAGUGGCUGAAUGUAGUUCUGAAUGACCCCCUUCCCCCACCCCCUUCAUCCACCGUCUGCAUACUGUUCCCCUGGUGAACCUGAAGUGAAAACCCAAGUCUGCACUCACAAGGUGCUAACCCUCCUCUCAUGCUCGUACAUGGGCAUUUUUGUUACUGUCCGUCCAUACGUGGCAAAGCACUUGUGAACGAAAUGUUGUUCCGAGUUUAACGCCUACAUUUUAGGAGCGUGUCGACACCUAUUCCCCGAGUUUGUUUGUGUUUCCCGAGACAGAAGACUACCUUCUGUGAGCACCGCACCAGAAAGACUUUCUGCACGUCAUUGUUGUUAACAUGAGGUGUUGGAUCUAGGGCUGGUCUUUAGUUGUCCAUUUAAAUAUGAUUUAUUUAUUUGUUUCUCACCGUCAUUUAAAAAGUUUUCACGAACGUCAUGAAAUCUGAAUGUUAUUUUAUAUUCCUUUUGAGUUCACUGAAAUCAUGGAAGCCCUUUCUGUUUAUUCUUUGGUCCGUUCACAGAUUCCUAUUUAUUAUAUUCCUUUUUUUGUAUUCCUCACGGUAGCUCGUGGAGACGAGCUGUAAUGGGAUUAGAAUGGGAACUAGAACAGCUAUUCUGUUAAUGGACCCAGCAGAAGGAGCCUAUGUAAAUGCCCUGGGCAAAAGUGCAAUUAUGCCACCUAAUUACGUUUCCCCUCUCCUUAGCGUGUGUCUUUUUACUAUUGGUGUGGGUCACACACAUCUGGCUGUGCAUGAGGGUAGAUGCACUCGUAUGUUUGGUGUGUGUGUAAGCAGGUGUAUGUCCCGGUGUGUGUACACAAAUGUCCGUGUCAAUGCCUCUACAUGAUGGCCUGUCCAUCAGCUGUCUUUGCUUAGGUCUAUCUAGCCAGACCAGGGAUGUUUUGUCCACAAGGGGAAACAUCUAGAAUGUAACCUAGCAACUCCAAUACAAAGACCUGGACACCACACCUACAGCACAUCAGCUAAGAUAUGAUCACAAUAUUUUCCCUGAUGCAUUGAUGUCUGAUUCACACACACACACACACCUACAUCAUGUUGGACACUGACCAUAAUCACAAAGGAAAUACGUCUGUUUUUCUGUUUAUCGUCCAAUAUUAAACUCAUGAGAGAGUUGCCUUUUCUCUUCAAACUAGUGAUUUUUUGGGGGUUGGAUCUAGACCUUGGAUCUAGAAUUUUUUUCCCUAAAAUUUUGAUUGGGUUUGGGAUAAGUACGUUCGGAAGGAAAUUCUGUUUCCUGUAAGUGAACCAAGGCACAAUUCAGAGAAAAGAAUCAAAAGCUACUUAACUGAAAUACUUGCUAACUUGGGACCCCUUGAAGUUCAAUAUCAGUAUAAAACGCUACUUAGAGUCUGCAGUUGUGUGGUUAUCUCUGCAGUACAUGCCCAGCUUGAAUAGGUGUGUCAUUAAUCCUAAGAAGGAACAUUCGAAAAUGUAAUUAUUAUCAAAUUGAUGAGGCUACAUUUACAUUAUUUAAAUAAUAUGAUUUAUUUUUUAAUCAUAUGUCGUCGUCUGCUCAACUCUUAUGUUGUCAGUUAUGUAGGCUAUUUACUAUUAGUGAGUGGAAAUGUUUCAACACACAUAAUCAAAACUAUGUGAUGUAACUAACUAUUACAUCCCUCCACAUUUUGUCAUUUUUGACAUUGAAAGGGCUGUACUGUGAGAGCAGACCGUAUGUUUAAUUUUUUACUGUGAAAAGAUGAAUAUGAGAAGUAACCUGAAGCACGUGGGUGUACUUCAUUUUUCAUCACCCGUCCCAAAAACGCACUCAAUGAAGAUAUGUGGUUGAUGAGCGUAUUUAAACAUUUAUGUAAAUAACUUAUUCAAGAUGUUUCUCUUUUCUUUUUUUCUUCUGAUGUCCAAUAUGCUACCGAAACUCUGUAUAUUCAAACUGUGAUUAUAUAAUACAUUUGUAGAUAUGACAUUCUGUACAGUGUUCAAAUGUAAAAAAAAAAAAACAUUGUUCAAAUGUAAAAAAAAAAAAAAAAGAUUCUGGAUUAAUUCUGUAUAUAAAUGGUGUUUACAGGGACUAAUAAAAGAGAUCAAUCUCUUUUUCUUCCU